UCUCUUGCUCAUUCUUAUGCAGCUAGCGAUAGUGUUCUAUUAUUUUUAUGGCAGCGCAGAUAUCUAAACUGCGGACAAAUAAGCCCACGUCAUGUCAUUUCGGUAUUGUUUUUCGCUUCAGUAAAUUGGACGAUAUAAAAUAAUCGUGCAACGUUACAGAUACCACAAGCUCAUUCCAAAUCGUGAUGACAUGUGGACAGCAAUGAAUAAGUUGGAGUUUCGUGGGGUUUUUAUUUUUGAACGGAGUGUUUUGGCGGAACGGGCGGUUUUGGUUUUAUUUAAGGUAGCAUGGGAAGAUGCAUCUUUAGCCAGCAUUAGCUAUCAGUUUGUUGCUUGGUAUUCCUGGUCUUUAAUAUCGCCACACAGUCUUUGAAAUACUGUGUAAUGUGUGUUUUCUUAAGAAUGUAUUCAUAAGGAAGAGUAAUUAUUAAAUUAGCCAAUAUGUUUGCUUUACGUUGAAUCAUGCUAGCAAACUAGCUAGUUGGUAUAACAUAAUUACAUGAUGCGGUAACGUUAAUGGUUAGCUUUGGAGCUAAUAUUAGCUAGCUAAAGUUAGCAGACUGGUUCAUUUGAUACCAACUUGUUAGCUAACGUGAGCUAGCCAUCCAGAGAACAUGCAAACAGACCAGAGUAAACUGUCUUAACUAUGUGAUUGUCAGAACUGGCAUCUUCGACUAGACCUGUUUCAGAUUUUAAUAUAGUGUCUCUGAAGGUACGCAAGUGUAAUGUGAAGAUGUGUGUUAGCCAGAUCAACUGUGUCAAAGGGGAGCAGCUGGGUUGCCUUCCCCAGCAUUUUGCACAGCUGCCCAGCGCUGAGUUACUGUGCAAUGCAAACAGCCCCACCCUCUCAGGUAUUGGUGUCUGAAUUCUGCUGGCCUAUUCAGACAUACAAGUGAACGCAGCUUAAUUACGUUUAUUGGUAAAGUGUGGAAUUCUAUAAUUAGCCUUUGUGUUAUUAUUGGUAGUGUGUGAACUACCACGUAUGUUGCAUUUAGGAAAAUGCACUUGCGCCUAAGCAGUAUUUGACAAAGAAGUCUUAACAGUUGGCAAUAUUAUAUGGUUUGUGGUGGAGGAUUUGUUGAAAAACACUUGUUUGACUUGGCAUACUUUAUGAUAAACGUUACCAAUGCAUGUCAGAAUAGUUUAUACACAUUCUCGUUAUAUAUUAAUCCCAUGCUUAGUUUUUACGUUGAAAGAAUAAUUACAACGAAUGUAAAGAAUCAGUUUUAUCCUGUUUAAUAUUGCCUGACAUGUCAGACAAUGGCAUUCCAUUUUCACUUUUUUAUUUGCUUAAACGUGCGGAAGAGGAUGUUAAUGAUUCUUACAAACCACUCUAGUCCUUCCCAGCCUUUAGUAUGUGUUGCAGCCAAUGCACAGACCAAUUGGCAGGAAGGGAUGCCUGUCUCUUUGGAAAGUUACAGAGUGGUUUAUGGCUACAGAUGAAAUAAUAGUUGCUGAUUAGAAAGCCCAGGAAAGUCUUGGAAAUUAUUUUGUUUUCUGAGAGCAUCUAUCUAUUAUUUUUUUUUCUAAGAUUGCUAUUGUAUUGCGGACCGCUGCUUUGAGAUAUGAACCCGUGUCCUCAAGAUAUGAAGUAAAUAACUGAUACUGUGGUUAAAGGCUAGCAAUAACAACUAACCCUUGCACUCUCCCGUCAUGUACACUACUAAAAGCUAGGAGUACGUGCAUACAAUUUACAAAUGGGAUGAUAUCUGUAAUGGACAAGAGUGUCAGAAAACCAUGGGCAUCCAACCAUACCAUCAGAAUUAAGCUCCAGUGGACGCCAUGAGCGAGCCGAUGGAGGGCGGCACGGUCUCCUUUGAUGAGUAUGUGAGGCAGAAGGCCCGCACUGUGCCACAGCAUCGUAUGAAGGAGUUUCUGGAAUCACUGGCCGCUAAAGGCCCCGAGGUGCUGCAGGAGUUCAGCCAGCAGAGUGGCGCCGCGACCACCACCACCACCACCAUGGUCUACCAGCAGGGGGGCAACUGCAUCUACACAGACAGCACAGAGGUGGCAGGGUCCCUGCUGGAGCUCGCCUGUCCAGUGCAGGUUACAUCUGCCCAGAUCACGCCACAGCUGGCUGCAGCUGUGCAUCAGGCCUCUGAGCAGCAGAUCCAGGUGCAGCCCACCCAUCAAGCCAUACAAAUGUCCCCGUGUCAUUCUACAUGGCAGGUGCAAAUCCAGGGGGAUCAGGGUCAGACAGUGGGUCAGGUGCUACAGGUUUCAUCCCCUUCUCACCAGCAGCUGCAAGGCAUCACUACCGCUGCACAGCUGGUGCAGCAGGGGGAACUCACGGAAGAACAGCAUCAACAGAUCCAGGCGCAGCUGGUGGCGGCGGUGGCCGGAGGGCAGCAGAUCCAAAUCCAGACAGUUGAGGCCCUGUCUCCCAUGCAACAGGGCCAGCACCAAGGCACUGAUCGCCGGCCUGGAGCCUCCAGCCCCGUUGCCGUGCUGCAGCCGGCCAAGAAGCGCAAGGUGGACAUGCCCAUGACCACCGUGUCGUACUCACUGCCGCAGGGCCAGCAGCUGGCCACCGUGCUGGCCAUUCCACAGGGCCAGGGCCAGCAGAGCUACGUGUCCCUGCGGCCGGACCUGCUGACGGUGGACAGCACGCAUCUGUACAGUGCCACCGGCACCCUCACGGGCCCCUCGGGCGAGACCUGGACCAUCCCCGUCUACUCGGCGCCCCAGCCACAGGGCGUGGCCCACAUCGCCAUCCCGCAGGAGGCCUACAACGCUGCAAUGCAGCUGCAGUCGCUUCCCAUUGCCACGGGCACUUCGCUCGACGACAAGGACAAGGACAAAAUGACUAUCAGCGGGGUGUUGCAGUCUCAGGGGUCGGGGCUGGGCACGCAGGAGGAGGUGGUGCAGAUGUUCCCGGCGCAGUUCAUGAACGGCAACAUCCACAUCCCUGUGGCCGUGCAGACAUUGGGCGGGGCCUAUUCUGGGGCGACACAGCAGUUGCACAUCUGGGACCCGCAGCAGGGGCAGAUAGUAGACGGCGGGGAGCAGCAGCUCCACCUACAGGCGCAGGUGGAGGGAGAGCAGCAGGGCGAGGCCACCGCAGAGCUCAUGCUCCCCAUCUCGCUAAAGCCAGAGGAGGGCCUGGAGGUGUGGCGCAUAUGGGUGCUCCGCAAGAACGCCGAGAUGGACAAGGAGGAGCAGAACAAGCUGGCCCCCAUUGGACGUCGUCAGCCUCUGCGGUUCCGUGAGGACCUGGUGUCGAGUGCAGUAGCUGAGCUUAACGUGGCCCUGUCCCUGAUGACACAGGAGGCCAAAGACCUGGAGGGGGAGUGCUUUGAGGCUGACGCCCUCUACUACGUGUUCCUAUGCAUUCAAAAGUACCUGUUUGAAAAUAGCCGGGUGGACGACAUCUUCUCCGAUCCUUACUACAUACGCUUCUCACAGUGUUUACACAAAGUGCUUGAAGAGUACAGGCCCAAUGUACAUCCACUAGGUUACAUCAUCCCCAGUCACGUGACUGAAGAGAUGCUGUGGGAGUGCAAGCAGCUCGGGGCCCACUCCCCCUCCACCCUCCUCUUCACGCUCAUGUACUUCAACACCAAGUAUUUCCAGCUGACCUCAGUGGAGCAGCAUAUGAAGGUGGCCUUCUCCAAAGUGCUGAGGCACACUAAGAAGAACCCAUCCAACCCCAAGGACAAGAGUACUACCAUCCGAUACCUGAAGGGCUCAGGGCCCCAUCACCUUGGCCAAAAGGUGACUGAUGACAUGUACGCAGAGCAGUCAGAGGACCCUGAGAACCCCCUGCGCUGUCCUAUCAAACUCUACGAUUUUUACCUCUUCAAAUGUCCUCAGUGUGCCAAGGGGCGGAAUGACACGUACUACUUGACUCCGGAGCCAGUGGUCGUGCCCAACAGCCCUAUCUGGUACUCAACACAGCCAAUCCCCAGCCAACAGUUGGAGCAUAUGCUCACACGCAUCAGCAUGGUGCGGGAAAUCCAAGAAGUCAUCGCCAUGGCAUCCACAAAUGUAAACUGACCCGAGUGAGCGUCUGUCUCUCCAUUGUGGUGGAUUCAUUAGAACUUCUCUCUUCCAGCAGCAGUCUGGAGGACUCCAGCAUUUCCUGCUGGAAAUUGAACUUAAUGGCCUUUUCACUUUUUUUUUUUUUUUUUACAUAAAAUAUAUAUAAGAAUAUGUACACCUAAAGAUACAUCUCUGUUAAAUCACCUCCUGACUGCUACUAUCAUGAAAUCUACCACAGUGAAUGGAACUUCUGGUAAGGUAGCUCAGUCAUGGACUGUACGUUUAAUUCCACCUGUUUCCCCACACCCAAACCUCAUUUGCAAGUUUCUGUGAAGUAAGUACCCGAUUUCUUUGGUGGAAAGAGACAGACCUAAGUAGAAAGCUUGGGAAGAUGUUCCCUACACACACACACUCACUCACAGCUCUCCAACCUACCCAAACUGAUUUCACCAGUGAGGAAGAACCUACUGAGCAGGGUCAUGGCUCCCUGUAGCACGUCAUCUGCAGUAUGAUUAUAUAUUAAAUGUGAUUUCUGUUUUGCUUUUUAUUUUUAUAUCUGUAUGUAUAAUCUCCCUGUCUGUAUUGAAAUACUGGAGUUGGGAGGUUAUGCAGGAAAAGUUCAUGGUUUCAAACAUGCUUUUUGUACAGUUA